GAAUUCAAUAUGAACCAGAAACAACAGAAGCAUUUUGUUCUGGUUCAUGGUGUUUGUGUUGGAGCAUGGUGUUGGUACAAACUAAAACCACAGUUAGAAUCUAUUGGUCACAAAGUCACAACACUUGACCUUGCAGCUUGUGGCACCAACACACAAAAAAUAGAAGAUGUUCAUACUUUUGCUGACUAUUCUAAGCCUUUGUUAGAGUUUUUAGCCUCACUUGAUUCAAAUGAAAAAGUGGUUCUUGUGGGACAUAGCUUUGGUGGAAUGAGUAUAGCUCUUGCAAUGGAAAAAUUCCCAGAAAAAAUUGCUGUUGGAAUUUUCAUAGCAGCUUUUAUUCCUGAUACGCUACAUCAACCACUAUAUGUACUUCAACAGUAUAUUGAGAGAUAUCCAAUGAGUGGAUGGUUAGACACUGAGAUUUCAUUUGAUGGAAGAAAAAUGGGAGUACUUACUGGCAUCAACUACUCAACUAAAAUCUUUCAACUAUGCUCCAAAGAGGAUUUGGAGUUAGUGAAGAUUUUAAGAAGGACAGGGUCACUUUUUAUUGAGGAUCUAUCUGAGGUAGAGAAUCUCUCUAAAGAGAGAUAUGAAUCGGUUCCAGGGGCUUGUAUUAUUGGCAAUGAGGACUUGGCAAUUCCACUAGAUUAUCAAAAAUGGAUGAUCCAAAAUGCUGGGAUUGAUGUUCUGAAGGUGAUUGAUGGAGCUGAUCAUAUGCCUAUGCUUUCUAAACCUCAAGAACUUUCUUUGUCUCUCCUUGAGAUUGCUAAUAAAUUUGUUACUUAAGUAGUAGUAUAAUGUAGUAAAUUAAAUAAUGUUGUCCUAAGAGACUCACUUAGGUAUUAUAUUAAGGUAAAAUUGAGAAUAAUUUUCUGAAUAAAAAUAGAAGUACUAUAAUGCACAAGUACCCUUUCUUGUGAGUGUUUGGUCAUUAGCUCAAUCAAAUAUUUGUAAUGAAAUGAAAUAUUGAAAUGUAUUA